UGAGGGACUGCAGAGGGAUGAUGAUGCUGACAGUUAGUCCAGUCUGUAGGAGGUGCUAGCGGUCUGGAUGACGGAACGGGCAGUUUGUCUGGUGUGGGGUGCAGAAGUGAAUUUUCGGGAAGAAGAAGCUUGACAAAUCUGCUUUGUCACCUUGCAGGUGGUUUGGCGCCCGCCUUGGCACUGCUGGGGAUACUAGGAAGCACUGGUAUCGUGGUGGUGGGGGGGAGGUGACUUGUGUAGGGAUGACGCUGCCGAGUAGCCGUCGCUGACUGAGGAAGAGAAGGAGGCGGUGGCGGCGACUUAAUCCGCAGAGAUCUAAGGAUACCCGGGUGUGAGCGCUUUUAACGCAAAAGAAAAGGCUCUGCUGAAGAGAGGAAGACAAAUACCGCUGCACUGAGCAUCCACUCAUGCAUGAAAUUGGAAACGGGAGUACACCUGAGAAACCUGAGUAAAGGAAAUUUACACAAUCAAUAGCCAUGAAGUCUAUAUAUGAACCACCUUACUUAUCUGUGGGCACAGAUGUAAGUGCCAAGUACAGAGGUGCUUUUUGUGAAGCCAAGAUAAAGUCAACAAAAAGGCUUGUCAAAGCAAAGGUAACAUUUAGACAGGAUUCCUCAACUGUGGAAGUGCAAGAUGAUCAUAUUAAGGGACCCCUAAAGGUUGGUGCUUUGGUUGAAGUAAGAAAUCCAGAUGGAAUUUAUCAAGAAGCUUUAAUAAAUAAAGUAACAGAUGCAAGCUGGUACACAGUUGUCUUUGAUGAUGGAGAUGAAAAAACUUUAAGGCGAUCAUCGCUAUGUUUAAAAGGAGAAAGGCACUUUGCACAAAGUGAAACCCUUGACCAGCUGCCACUCACCAACCCAGAACAUUUUGGAACUCCUGUUAUUGGAAAGAAAACAAAUAGAGGCAGAAGAUCUAAUCAAAUUCAUGAAGAGGAAUCAUCAUCUUCCUCCAGUGGCGAGGAUGAAAAUGAAUGUAAAACUAGCAAUGAAUUAAUAGGAACAGUUGUCUGUGUAGAUGUUGGAGAUAAAAAGAAAGCAACAUGGGUUCCAGCAUUAGUAAUUUCUCCAGAUUGCUGCGAUGAUAUCACCAUAAAGAAAGAUUUCAUUCUGGUGCGCUCAUUUAAAGAUGGCAAAUUUGCUUCUGUGCCACGAAAGGAAAUUUGCGACAUUAAUGAGAUUUCCACAAAGAAUGAUAUUUUUAAGCAAGCUUUAGACCAAGCCCUGGAAUUCUGUAAAAGUAAAACUAUUCCUGCUAAUUGGAUAAUGGAAUUAAAGGAAGAGAGCUCAAGCAGUGAAACUGAAGAUGAGGGGGAGGAGAAUAAAGAUGAUGAUAAUGAUAGCACUAGUGAAGAAGAGGAAGAAAUCGAACCCUUUCCAGGAGAAAGGGAGAACUUUCUUCAACAGCUAUACAAAUUUAUGGAAGACAGAGGAACUUCGAUUAACAAGAGACCUGUGCUGGGAUACAGAAAUUUAAAUCUUUUUAAAUUGUUCCGACUUGUCCAUAAAUUGGGAGGAUUUAAUAAUAUUGACAGUGGCUCAAUUUGGAAGCAAGUUUACCAAGAUCUCGGAAUUCCAGUUCUUAAUUCAGCAGCUGGAUAUAAUGUCAAGUGCGCUUACAGGAAGUAUUUGUAUAGCUUCGAAGAAUACUGCACUUCAGCUAGCAUUUCUUUUCACAUGGAACUGCCUAUAAAGAUUUCACAGAACUUCUGUAAAGAGUGUGUUCAUGAAAAUAAAGUUUCUGUAAAGCAGGAAUUUGAAUCACAGGUGGAAACUGUUGAAUUGGAUGCAAAACAUGAAACCCUUAAUAAAGAAGUGAACAUAAAUGAAGUUAACCGUUCUACAGAGAAAGGAGUUAUAGGAAUUCCAUUGUGUAAUGAAAGCAAAGUGAAAGAAGUUGAAGAUCAUAUUGCAGUAAAGCAAGAGACCAUACCAGGGGAAAUUGAAGAGAUGAUAAUUACUGACAAAAAAGAAAACACAGAAGCUGAAAUCGAGAUAGAAGAAGAAUUAGACAAGAACCAGAACACGGAGAUUGAGAAUGAAGACAUCGCAGAGGGAGAAGAGUUUGAAAGCUACCCAUCGGGCACGAAAGUCCAAGUGCGGUAUGGACGAGGGAAAAAUCAAAAAUUAUAUGAAGCUAGUGUUAAAGAUUCUGAUGUUGAAGGUGGCGAGGUCCUUUACUUGGUGCAUUACUGCGGAUGGAAUGUGAGGUAUGAUGAAUGGAUAAAGGCUGACAAGAUUGUAAGGCCAGAAGAUAAAAGUGUACCCAAAAUAAAGCACAGAAAGAAAAUUAAGAAUACAUUGGAACACAACAAAGAUGAGUCGGAAAGAGAUGAAUGUUCUCCCAAGCAUUGCAGACUUUUCCCAAGACCUAUAUUUCAAACUAGGGAUAUGGAAAAUGAAUCCACACUAGAUGGCCCUGAAAACAAGCACUCAAUACAAGGUCCACCUACAAUGGUUGAAAUAACAUCUAUUUUAAAUGGACUUCAAGCUGCCGAGAAUUCUGCAGAGGACAGUAAAAGUGAUCACAGUAGCCUGAAUAUGGACAAAGAAGAAAAAGAAUUUAAUAUGAAACAUAUCGGUUCCGAUUUAAAUCAAAGACUGAAUGAAAACAAGAGCUUCCCAAGAACAGAGGGAAAUUGUACUGCUAAUGAUCCUAUCAUGGAAGUAAUACCUAGGUCCCCCGUGAAAACAAUUGAACAUUAUUCGGACGAUACAGACUAUAAAGUGGAGUCUGUUAGACAAAGAAAAUAUUUAAAGAAUGAUGUAGCUAAGUCACAAGAUAAGCGUGGUAAAAUAAAAUAUGGAACAAUUGAUAGACUUGAUGCAGGUAGUAUGACUUCCUCAGAUGAUGAAGAAAAAUCCAACCAAAAACAUGCUUUAUCAAACAAGUACAAUGGUUUUGAGGACAAAAGGAAAUCAAUCCGAACAGAUUUCUCAGAAGCACCUGAAAAAAGGAUUAAGCUUUUAAAUAAUUCAGAAGAAAGACUUAGAGCCAAAGAUCGCAAAGAUGUUUGGUUACGAAUCCAAGGGCAGUGGCCUAAAAAAACAUUAAAAGAACUUUUUUCAGAUUCUGAUACAGAGGGUGCCACAUCCCCAUCAGCUAGGAAUCUAGAUGACAGUUCCUCAUCUGAAGUAUCCAAACCAGAGAAAGAUGAUGAACUUAAGCCUGUUGAUGAGAGAGCUGCUGAAAUGGAUGACAAAAAAAUUAACUUUCCCAGUAGUGGCAGUAACUCUGUUCUGAAUACACCCCCAACAACCCCAGAGUCACCUUCAACAUUAAGUGAUUGCCAAAAACAACAGUCAAAAAGUGACAUUUUACAUACUUUAGAACCAAAGCAGGAAGAAGUUCAAAGCAUGAAAAGUGAAACAGAUAUUACAAUUAAAGUAGACAGUGUUACCUGUGACCUGCAAGAUCUCCAGUACAAAGGGCGAUUUUCACCAACAGGAUGUGAUGCAAAUAUAAGUUCUAGUUGCAGUAACCAGCACGAACCAGAAAAUAAAGAGAAAAGUCACACCAAUCAGACAGUUGACCAGGCUGUUAAUAUGAGAGACAAUAAUACAAAAAAGCUUAAAAGAAGCCACAAAUCUUCAGUGCUUCAGAAGAAAAGGAAAAUAACAGCCAACACAAGUGAUAGUGAAGAUCUUUCUGAUGGUGAAAGCCUUGCUAAGAUGCAGUUCGAAAGACCAAAUGUUGGUUUAAAAUUACAGCCUACCAAAGUUCCACUCAGAGUGCAUUCUCCAGGAAAAUAUGCCAAAAACGGAGAGAAAGAUUCAUUUCAGAAAGAUUAUGCUGAUGGCCUUCCUAAAGUUUACAAAUGGAGUUUUCAAAUGUCAGGCCUUGAGAAAAUGACCAGUAUGGAACGCAUCGCAUUUCUCCAGGAAAAACUUCAAGAACUUCGAAAACACUACCUUUCAUUAAAGUCUGAGGUUGCUUCUAUUGAUAAGCGGAGAAAGCGGUGUAAAAAAAAGGAAAGAGAAAGUGCAGUUGUAUCAUCUUCAUCUUCGUCACCAUCCUCUAGUUCUAUGACUGCAGCUGUCAUGUUAACUUUAGCUGAACCAACAUUGUCAAGCUCAUCACAAAAUGCAAUGCCAGUAGAGUGCAGGUGACAAGAGGACAGCUCAAUAUACUUUGUACUUAAAAGUUAUUGAGGCCAUGGAUUUAUUUUUAUACCACACAGCACAAGAAUCAGACAAGCACUUUUUCUAUUGCAUUCUUUUUGUACUGUACUUGCACUCAAGUGCACUUUUUAUUAUAGUACAAUAAACUGCUUUUCUUCAAGCAAUAAUUGUCUCCACCCAAUCAAGGAGUACUCCAACUAACUCCAAGGCCCAGUUUGGCCCUCUGCUGGGUGGUUGAUUGUAUAUGUGAAUUAACUAUUGUACUUUUACAAGUGGCUUUUCAUAAACAUACUGUAUAAUAAAAAGGUUUUGUUAGAGAUGAAAAAAUUUAUAUAUUAGAGUUUUUGUGGAAACAAUCUUGUUACAGUUCAGCAAUCCUACUGUUAUUGAUGUGUCUUCAGAUAUACUAAUAAAGCACAGAAUAUUUGAUUCCAA